CGUGCGACUUGCCCAGUCGAGUCGCGCCGCCGAGAAGAACAGGCAGGCAGGAGGAGUAGCCGAGUGGCCAACGACUCCCUCCUCCUCCACCUCCCCCCUUCGCACCACCGGCCUCCACCGAGACCAAGCACACGCCAUUCCCCUCCUCUCCUCCGAGCUCCGAGAGAUCCCCAGACCCUACGCGCGAGUUCCCAUGGCAGCGGCCCAGCUCCGCGGAUCGGCGGUGCCGGGGACGGCGGGGAGGUGGCCGGCUCCCUCCGGCGCCAUCCUCCGCUUCGCGCCGCUCGCCACGUCCAGGCUCCCGGCAGCGUCGCUUCGUCAGAGGGGAGCCUUCAGUGGCCUUUCCGCUGGUGUCGUCAGGGAGCUUAUCGCCUUGCAGUCAUUGACUACAAUGUGCAUGAAGUCAAAAUGUACUAGCACUCCCAUUGAUCAUGCCACUGCUCCUGAGCAUACAGAAGAUGAAGUUCCCGAGCCAACCGCUGUGGUGACUGCUAGUGAAGAGAUAAAUAUAGACCAGGAAGUUGCUCCGCCACAUAAGAGUGCCAUAAUACAUGAUUUCUGCCUAGGGAUCCCUUUUGGUGGAUUAUUAUUUUCCAUGGGCCUUGUUGGAUUUCUAUUUUGGAGGAGUCCUGUAAGUCUUACUUUUGGCGUUGCACCUGGUCUUGCUAUAUUGGGACUUGCCGUGCUUAGUCUUAAGGGUUGGAGGAGUGGAAAGUCCAGCUUGCCAUUUAUACUGGCACAAGCAGCUGUUGCUGCUGCUGUAGCAUGGAAGCACUGCCAGGCGUAUGCCACAACAAAGAAGCUGCUUCCCUGGGGCUUUUAUACUGCGCUCAGUGCCUUGAUGAUCUGCUUCUACUCGUACGUGUUGCUUGCCGGGGGGAAUCCACCACCAAAGAAGAAGCCAGCAGCUGCUAUAUAAGUUGAGCCUUUAAGUCCUAUUGUUGUUGAAGUUGUGCUCUGGUAAAUGUUACUGAUGAUAGGGGUUGCGUUUUAUUACUUUUAAUUGUAGAACACUGAAAAAUAAUAAAGUUGUGUUCUUGCGUACA